AGCGCCAACGCCAGCGCCAGUAGCAGCAGUAGCAGCAGUCUGCGUCGUUGUCGCUUUCUCCUUUCCAGCGCGCCCCUCAAUCCCCGCGCCUCACCAUGCCCAACAUCGUGCUCUUCAGCGGCAGCUCUCACCAGGACCUGUCUCAGCGCGUGGCCGAUCGCCUGGGCCUGGAAUUGGGCAAAGUGGUCACCAAGAAGUUCAGCAACCAGGAGACCAGUGUUGAGAUUGGUGAAAGUGUGAGAGGGGAAGAUGUCUAUAUCAUCCAGAGUGGCUGCGGUGAAAUUAAUGACAACCUGAUGGAGCUACUCAUUAUGAUCAACGCAUGCAAGAUUGCAUCCUCAUCCAGGGUAACUGCUGUGAUACCCUGUUUCCCGUAUGCCCGGCAAGAUAAAAAGGACAAGGUAGGCGAGAGUCGUGCUCCAAUCUCUGCUAAACUUGUGGCCAACAUGCUGUCAGUUGCUGGGGCCGAUCACAUCAUCACCAUGGACCUACAUGCUUCUCAGAUCCAGGGAUUCUUUGAUAUUCCUGUGGAUAAUUUAUAUGCCGAACCUGCAGUUCUUCAGUGGAUUCGGGAGAACAUCACAGAAUGGAGAAACUGUAUCAUCGUUUCCCCAGAUGCUGGAGGAGCCAAAAGGGUUACAUCAAUCGCGGACAGGCUGAAUGUGGAAUUUGCUUUGAUUCACAAAGAGAGAAAGAAAGCAAACGAAGUAGACCGGAUGGUUCUGGUGGGCGAUGUGAAGGACCGUGUGGCCAUCCUGGUAGAUGACAUGGCUGACACAUGUGGUACCAUCUGCCAUGCUGCAGAUAAGUUGCUCUCAGCUGGUGCCACCAAAGUUUAUGCUAUCCUCACUCAUGGGAUCUUCUCCGGGCCAGCUAUUUCCAGAAUAAAUAAUGCUGCCUUUGAAGCUGUUGUUGUCACCAACACAAUUCCACAAGAGGACAAAAUGAAACACUGCUCCAAGAUUCAGGUGAUUGACAUUUCAAUGAUCCUGGCUGAGGCCAUUCGAAGAACCCACAAUGGGGAGUCCGUGUCCUACUUGUUCAGCCAUGUCCCACUGUAGUCCGGAUUGGGAUGCUGAAGGUGGAGCAAGCCUCCUCCAACUUCUCACUGUCUUUGUCUGCCUGCUGUUUUAGUGUUAGGACUCAGCAAUUCUAGGGUAAUCACUGGCAAAAGCAUCCGAUCUAUGUACACUGAGAUUCCUUGUCUCCCCUUCUAAAGUUCAAGACUACUUCUUGUCAGUUUGGUGGGGGCAGGGGGAGGUGGUGGUUAUUUGGUCUUUUAGUGAACUGUUGUCAGUUAGAACUAGUCUUUCCCUCAUUUAGUACUUUUAGUUUUUAGUACUUUUGAGGCAACAACUUUUGAGCCUAAAAUCCCAUUGCAGAAAUUUGUCGUAUAUAUAUUUUGAGGUUGCCCAAGGUGACUUCAAAUGAAAGCCUUCUGUGUAAAUACAUAAUGAUAAUGCCUGUGGACAUUGGGUAAAAUCCUAAAUACCCUUUAUUUCACAGUGAACCUCAGAAAAUUUAUAUUAUCAUGCAUUUUGAAUUUUUGCUUCAUUUUUUUUUCAGGGAAAAUGAUAACUGGGUUUAUUUUACUAUUGCCCUUAAUUGGGACUGAAUUUUAUUGAGCCUAAGAUAGUCACUGACAUACUGACUUUUCUUAAUAGACAUUAUACAUAUUAAAGACAAUAUAAGGCUCUAUCACUUUUAAUUUCUACUUUGAGGAUAUGUCAUAACUGUCUACUUACCUGAAACUACCAUAUUAUGAUCAGUGAUCACCAUGAUUUGGAUACCAGUGAGUUCAUGGUCACAUUGAUGCACAUCAUUGUUUAUCCCAGAGGAAUUAUUCUUUAAGAUGCACCUAAUGUCCUAUCAUCACAGACUUCAUCAUUUUAGCAGUAGCAUUUACUUUGCAUUUUUUUUCCAAAAAUUUCUUGGUGUAGAUGUCCACCAAAAGAAAACUUUGAUAUCCCUUCACAUUUUUAGGCUGAUUAUUAUUUUGAUUUUUCACAUAAAUAAAAUAGGGAUUUGAUUUUUCACAAAUAAAAUAAGGAAGUUUUAAGAGUUCCACCAAAUAUAUGUAGUUAAACACUGUUUAAUGAGCUUGGAUUAAAUGUUCUUUGUCCCUUUGUAAGCAGAAGUAGUAUCUCUCUAAUGACUGAUUAUCAUCUCUAUAGCUGUUAAAAUGUAGAUAUAGGAGAGGCCUACAAAACAAUGGAUGUAAAAGUAAAUAGUUGUUCCUUUAGGAGCAUCUUCACAAAAUGGUUCAAAAAGCAUUACAAAGAAGAAUUUCACUGAGGGUGGCAUUUUUGAUAAAACUCUUUUAACAAGGUGUGGAGAAUUGUACCUGUAAUCGAUCACUCAGAAAAUAUAAGCAGGAAAAUUACUACAAGUUUGAGGCCAGCCUAGGCUACGUGGUGAGUUCCAACUCAACCCAACUAAAAAAGACAGACCUCUAUAGCAUUAUUUAAAGAGGCAAAGGCCACUGUUGGACUGAUAAUAUGCAUGUUGUUGGACAACUCAUCAAUUUUUUCUGACCCUAAAGAAAUGGAUUUGCCUGUAUACCUAAAGAUUUAGAAUGCUAAACAAUCUCUCCCACUUGCUAAAUCUUAAAACUGGUAGAUAAAUUAUUAGCCCUUAAUUUUUGGGCAGAAAAAUCCUAUCCAUACAAGUAACACACUUGACCAGCACUCUAGAAUAUCAGAUUUCAGAGCAGCAGACGUCAAACCAAUGUUAGAAAAUGUCAUUUAUGUUACUAUGGAAACUGGCAUUUUGACAAUGCCUUAUUUGUAACUGUUUUGAAGAAAGGGGUCCCAUCACCUAGGAUAUUCAUGCUGAUACAAACUGUAAAGUCUUAGCAAGACAUGUGUUUAAAAACCCUGUUUGACACUAUGCAACUGUUAUUAAAUGUGUUACAUCUAUAUUUCUGGGCAUUUGGGCCUGUGCUGAAUGAAGCAUCCUGUGUACAAGAACAUGGAGACAGCUUAAUGUAUGCGUGCACAUGUCUCAAAGUGUUGGCAUGACAAACACCAGUUGGUAAUUCUUUUGUUUAAGAUACUUAAAGCUUAAGAAUGCCCAGGGGAUCUUCCAAUCAGGAUGUUCCAAUCAUGAUCUUCAGAUUUUUAUUCCCUUAUACAAAUCUACCUGGCUGUCCUCAGAACUGGUGACCAUUGACAGUUUCUGGCUUUACUUGGCCUGAGUUAGUAUUUUAAAGACCCUCUAAAGUCAUUGAUGAACUAAUUAGACUGGACUGAGCCUUAUACAAUAGAAAUACAAAUUUUAAAUAUUUGAUGGUUUCAGUUUGGCCAAAAUGACAUAGCCUGCCUCAGAAGCAGUCUAAGCCCAAGACUUUCCUGUUCCUUGCUGCUUGUUAUAUCACCAAGAAAUCAGCUUUGUCUGGCUCUAUGAAAGGAGGGCCAAAAAGGGGGGCCAGGAAAACAGGAAUGUACCAAAGUUGUUUAGCCUCCAGCUAAAAUUUUCUUAGUCAACUGGUAGAUGUUCCUAUGCUAACUUUCCUUUGUUAUGUACAAUGUCAACUAAGUUCAGGAAUAUAUUCUUUACAGUGCUUGCCUUGAUUUUAGAGACUAGCCUAUUUGAGAUCCUGUGAAGUUUACUAAGACUUUUCAAUAAAUUCCUGCUGACUA